AUGCACGCCACCGGCCACACGGACCGCUCGGGCGGCGGCGGCGGCGGCGGCUCCUGGCGCCUCCCGCCCGACGAGACGCUCCAAGUCGCCGACCCCAAGUCAGCCAAGGAAGAGGAUCUCUACCAAGGAGAUGGGCACAACUGGAGAAGCAUCAUAUUUUCAUUGAUGGUCAUCAGUUUUGUGAUAGCCGGUAUCGUUACAGCAAUUUAUUUAUUAGGAUAUGUGGACGAGUUACUCUACUGGUCGGGGCGGCGCAUGCGGCUAGACGAGUUCCUGCGCGGAGACUUGACAGGCGAGCGGCUGCCGACCACGUGGGUCAGCUCGCACCAGCUCGUGUACCAGGCCGACGACGGCGGUCUACUAGCGCUCGAUACCUUCAACAACACGCUCUCUGUGCUCGUCACGAAUCAUACUUUAAGGCAACUGAAUGUUCGCGGAUACCAGUGCUCGCCCAACUUGCGUUACGUUCUCUUCCAACACAAUAUCAAGGAGGUUUAUCAUCGGACGUUUACAGCGCACUACACCGUUUAUGACGUCACAAAUGACCACCACAUUCCACUGUUCGGCGAGGGCCAGCGGAGCUGGGAGUGGCAGCAUGCCGCGUGGCUCGGCGCCGACGGUUCCUUGCUUCUGGCGGCGGAUAACGAGGUGCUGGCGCGCCCGGGGCCGCCCGCCAAGAGAGCCCCACUGCUCAGGCUUACAUAUGACGCAAUGCCUGGUGCUGUUUACAAUGGAGUCUCUGACUGGAUGUAUCAAGAGGAGGUGACAAAAGUAUCAUCAGCGAUGUGGGGCUCGUUCGACGGCACUCUCGUGCUGUACGUGCAGUAUGACGACAGCAUGGUCUCCGAGCUCAAGUUCCCGCGCAUCUCCGAAGCCAUCGGCGGCACCGGGGCCGCCCGCUCCGGCUUCCUGCUUCCCACCCUCAACAAUACAGCUCCGACCAUCUUCCCCGACCACAUCACUAUCAGAUACCCCACGCCCGGCAGCUCGAUACCGAAAGCGAAGUUAUGGAUAGUAGGCGUACAGAACUCGACGUCCCCGCCGAGGUGGGAAGUCAAACCUCCGAGCACUUUAGAUGGAAUGGAAUAUUACAUCAUAUCAGCCCAGUGGGUGGGCAAAGAGAAUGCACAUGUAGGAGUAGUGUGGAUGAACCGCGAACAGAAUCUAACCGUCUAUAGUAGUUGCUAUGCUCCUAACUGGACUUGCACUGAGUCUCAUUCUGAGAAGGCGACUGAUGAGCCGUGGUUAGAGGUUCAUCAACAGCCGGUCUACUCAGAAGACGGGAGCGCGUUUCUUCUUCUAGCAGCAGUUCAAGAGGGCGGGGGACAGUACUACACACACAUCAAACAUGUAGAUGUGUUGCGUCAACGCAUUGCAGUACUGUCCCAUGGCAAAGUUGAAGUGGCAGAAAUCCUGGCGUGGGACCAGGAAAACCAUUUAGUUUAUUAUUUAGGUUUAAACAAGGAAAGGUUAUACAUACCAAAACUGCAUCCCGAUAUGGUGAAAGAAAUAAAUCAAAGUAGCGCAGAGCGGCCGGGCCAACGACACGUGUAUGUGGUUAGAGACCCGAGCUAUGGGGGCGGGAGUAACUCCGUUCGGGCUCGGGCGGAGCGGGAAGAACCGCGGUGCCUUACUUGCGAGCUGGCGGUGUGGCCGGCCCGCCUGCACUACGCAAACUGCUCCUUCUGGAGAGCCACGUUCUCCCCGGCCAAGCCCAGGGUGGGCAUCACGCACUAUGUGCUCGAGUGCGGAGGCCCUGGACCGCCUCUUGCUGGACUUCAUGACGCUAGGACACAUAAGCUAGAGAGAAUAUUAUAUGACACGAGGCCUUAUAGAUCGGUACGACUACGCGAGUUGGCUCUCCCGACUCGGCGGUCGUUCGACGUGCAGCUGGGCAGCGGCUCGCGCGCGCGCGUCCAGCUGAUGCUGCCGCCGUCCUGGCGCGAGGAGCUGCGCGACGCCGCCUUCCCGGUGCUAGUGCACGUAAACGGGCGUCCAGGCAGCCAGCAAGUGACCGAAGAGUUCAUGGUGGACUGGGGCUCGUACAUGUCGUCGCGCAACGACGUGGUGUACGUGAAGCUGGACGUGGCGGGCGCGCGCGGCCUGCCGCGGGCGCUGCUGCGCGGCCGCCUCGGCGGCGUCGAGGUCGCGGACCAGUUGGCUGUUAUUAGAUAUUUAUUAGAGACGUUCAAGUUUCUGGACGUGACCCGCGUGGCGGUGUGGGGCUGGGGCUACGGCGGCUACGUCACGGCCAUGCUGCUCGGCUCGCAGCAGUCCACGCUCAAGUGCGGGAUAGCAGUAUCGCCGAUCACUGAUUGGCUUUAUUAUAAUGCAGCAUUCACGGAGCGCAUCCUAGGCCAGCCUUCAGUGAACUAUAAAGGCUACGUGGAAGCAGACGCGUCUCAAAGGGCGCACCAUGUGCCGCCACACGCGCUGUACCUCAUACACGGCAUGGCCGACAUGAGCGCGCCUUACCCUCACGCCUUGCAGCUGGCUCGGGCGCUGACGGACGCUGGAGUACUGUUCCGAUAUCAGGCCUACGCCGACGAAGGCCACGACCUGAAAGGCGUGAUCGAGCACGUGUACCGGUCCAUGGAGGACUACCUCCGCGAGUGCCUCUCCCUCGACCCCGAGGACACCAAGCUGCCCCCUCCCGACAGAUAGAGCAACGAACAAUAACCCAACUACCCCCCUUGUUAUCUUGCUACACUUUUGCAACCCAAACGCCUGAAUUUGUGGAGUUAUGAAACAAACAUAGACAAUAUAAUACGGGCUACGUGUACAUCACACAACAUAUGAGAUUUUAUAGUUAGAUAAAUAACGAGAGAGUUCGGAAACCGGGUGCUUUAAAUUUUACAUCAUGUUGUAUGUAUUGAUUUCUUUAGCGAUUGUUCUCUAGUUAUACAAGGAUAUCAUACGACUCGCUGCGGCCGGAGACCGCGCCCGGCGGCGCCUGCGCCUGCUACGCUAAAGGCAACGCAAGGCGAAGCUAGAUCCUAAAAUAAGAAUUCUUUUUAACUUAAGUGGGAUUUCUAAAUGUGAAAUUUUCAGCGGAUAACACCAAUUUAACAAAAUUUUAAAAAAUCGUGUAUAGUGUUUUUAAAAAACAAGGUAGUAUACCGGGUUGUUGUUGAAUUAGCACGACGAUGGUUCUAAUCAAUUGUUUGCACGCCGCUUCUCUCCUAUCUUUCUUCCGUAAAUUGAUAGUCCUUUAGUCUUCCAGUUAUAGCGAAAGCUUCCGUACAUCGUCUUAUUCUUGAAGCAGGAAUGUAGGAACUAUUUGUGAUGAACUAUGUCAAUUAUUUCAUAUUCCAACUCUGAUCAGCUACGUAAUGUUAAUUUAACUGUUGUCUCCUCCGAAAACUGUAAUAAAUAUAUUUAGAUUCUCGUCCUAGUUUGUCCAAAUUCAAUGGAUGUGGUAUAAAUGUGAAUCAGUAAAUGCUGUGUUCUUAGGAUCCCCUGCAAAUUAUUCUAGACUGUACUCGACCUAUCAUCAGGGUAAUAUUUUCAGACUUAUUGCGAUAUUAUUUGUCUUGGCUAAAAUUCUUCCUUACUAAUAAACUUGUCUAGAGUGAAUCUACUAGAUCUACAGUAGUAGUCAGGUUCAAUACAAAUACUAAAGCCUUUUGUUCUGAAUUUUCAAGUUUAUUUUCAUGAGUGUUGGUACACGUUACGUCGAGUGCAGUCUCGUGCAGAGUAGUGUCCGCCUCCGUACUGUAGAGUGCCGCGGAUGGCUCCCUUAGCGGUUAGAUUGGUGAUUCGCGCGACAACGAACACAAUAUUCUAAACAUCAACCUCAAAACAAUCUUGAGUUUCUCAUUCAUCAAUUUAUACCUUGACACCGUCGUAUGGUUAUAUCUUUACUGAUAUCCCAGUAAGUUAAUUGUUAAGUAUUAAUAUGGUUAUUAAAUUCAAAACCAUCGAGCAAAUAAAUACAAUGAAUGAAAGAUGUUUAGAACUAUUGCAUUCGUUGUCGCGCUCUUCGAUGGCCCUAGAAAAUGCAUCUAAAAUCUACGUUACCUAUUGUUAAUCAGUGUUAUAAAUCUUAUCGUCUCGUUUAAGAGUUACAGUGUUGUAUAGAUCGGUACGUUUCAUUUGUAAAUUCUGAGAUUAUUCUGUUAUUAUUGUAAAGUUUCUUUGAAUAAAUAAAAUUUUGAAAUUUACAUAAUCGUU